GCGAGAGGUCUCCCCCUUCGAGAGACAAUUGAUAUAGGAACCCUACUUUUGGAGACAUCCCCAUACCCAAAUGGAACAUCUCCCGGCGAGGAGGGAACAAGAGAGAACUGCUUGCCUGGCUUGGAAGCCUUCUGAUUCUGAUAAUCGCGAACCUCCAAGACCUUUGGAUGGGCGGUCCUUUAGACUCUGUUGGCUCCCGCAUAGAAUGAAUCUCUUACCGAGUUCCUCAGGACCAACAAAGAGGAGUUUGUCGAACAAGAGCCACUUCACUGAAUGAGGAGUCUUCUGAAGGUUGAUCUCAAUGUUCCACCACUACCACACUGAGUAGUGGAAAACGACAAGAAACCGCCGGAGGGCCCAGCGGAACACAAACCUCCAGAUUGGGGAGGGACGGACGACCUCUCCUCUCACUCGAAGAGAAGAAAGUCGCCUCCGAACCAGGCCUGACACGCGGAGAUUCUCGACACACUUCGAGAAAUUCGUCGAAGUUCAAAUCGAGAGGGGCUCCACAAUGGUGACUACCUCGCCAUGCGCGAUUUUUUGUUGACACGGCUGACAAACGACGUCAAUGAAGAGUCUCUCCGGAGUCUCCUACAGCGACUCGGGUCGAGGCGUUAGUAUCAGUGCGCGAUCAAAGCUCUCUUUCUCGCCUAAGAUUCUAGUGGAUCCUAGAUCGAAGAAAGGGAAUCUUUUUGCAUCUUUCUUUGCUACGCAAACUUCUUUCCGUUGGUCAAGAACUCAAAAACUCGAGAGUUCUUCACUGACUACUCGUACAGGAAGGAGUCUUUUUCUGUCUGGAGGUUGAUUUGUUCAAAACAGAAUGCCUCAACUGGAUAAAUUGACUUAUUUGACACAAUUCUUCUGGUUAUGCCUUCUCUUUUUUACUUUUUCUAUUUUGAUAUGCAAUGAUGGAGAUGGAAUACUUGGGAUCAGCAGAAUUCUCAAACUACGGAACCAACUGCUUUCGCACCGGGGGAACAAGAUCCGGAGCAACGACCCUAACAGUUUGGAAGAUAUCUCGAGAAAAGGUUUGAGCACCGGUGUCUCAUAUAUGUACUCCAGUUUAUUCGAAGUAUCCCAAUGGUGUCAGACUGUCGACUUAUUGGGAAAAAGGCUACGAAGAACUUUGAUCUCUUGUUUCGGAGAAAUCAGUGGCUCACGAGUAAUUGAAAGGAACAUUCUCUAUUUGAUCUCGAAGUCCUCAUAUAACACUUCUUCCAGUCGGAUCACUUGUAGGAAUGAAAGAAUGCUCAUCCAUGUUCCACACGGCCAAGGAAGCCUCUUUUUUCGAGGGGAGUAAGAAAAGAAAGAAACCUGAAAUGAAGAAAAACUCUCAAAAUUUUGGAAUGGGUUUUUGCGGCAAAGACUGCGCAAGAGGAAGAGAGAGCUUCGACUUUCUCGGAUCUGCGCAUGAAAUUCCCGCCGGGGAAUUGAAGUCUGAAUCCCCCGAAGCCGAUGUAGAGGCCCUAACCAGCCUUCUCAAACUGGUCAGAGAUACCAAUCAAAUUUCUCAAAAUGGGGAUGAUGACAUGAACAGAAUCUUCUGAGAUCUCUGAAGAAGAAGAUUGAGAAUGCUCUCCCUGGACUAUCUGACGCAGUCCUUCUUUCUAAGCCUCACAUAAUUGGAAUUUUUCUGACAUUCCACCCACGUUUCCG